CGUAUUCCCUCUUUAAAAAGGAAAAAUAAAUAAAUAAAUAAAAGAAAAUCCAGAUUUUAACAUCACAGAUUUUUGUCUAAAACGAAAAAUCAACAGAUGGAGUUGCCGGUGAUAGAUCUAGCACCGUAUUUGGCGAUUGCCGAUGCCGGAAAUCGUGGAAGUGAGUCUACAAAGCGAGCGAGUGGACUCACCGAGUUGUGCCACGAGGUGAGUCGACUCCUCAAAGAAACCGGGGCUUUACUGGUUAAGGAUCCACGCUGUACGGCUGAAGAUAACGAUAGGUUCAUUGAUAUGAUGGAGAAGUACUUCGAGAAGCCAGCUGAAUUCAAGCGCUUGCAGGAGCGUCCCUUUUUACAUUACCAGGUUGGAGUAACGCCAGAGGGAGUGGAAGUGCCAAGAAGCUUGGUUGAUGAAGAAAUGCAAGAGAAGUUAAGGGCAAUGCCCAAAGAACACCAACCAUUAACUCCCAAGGGCCCUGAUCCGAAGUGGCGAUAUAUGUGGAGAGUGGGCCCUCGCCCUUCAAAAACCCGCUUUCAGGAACUUAAUUCAGAACCUGUCAUACCUGAAGGUUUCCCUGAAUGGAAAGAGACCAUGGACUCAUGGGGAUACAAAAUGAUAUCGGCAAUAGAGGCUGUUGCUGAAAUGGCAGCAAUUGGAUUUGGGUUGCCUAAAGAUGCAUUCACUUCCCUUAUGAAACAGGGGCCACAUCUUCUAGCUCCAACAGGGAGUGACCUCAAACGUUAUGGGCAGGAGGGCACUGUUUUUGCAGGCUACCACUAUGACCUUAACUUUCUAACUAUUCACGGCAGAAGCAGGUUCCCUGGUCUAAACAUCUGGCUAAGGAAUGGGGAAAAGAUUGAGGUGAAAGUUCCUAUAGGAUGUCUUCUAAUUCAGACUGGGAAGCAGAUAGAAUGGUUGACUGCUGGUGAGUGUACUGCUGGUAUGCAUGAAGUUGUUGUCACAAAGAGGACAAUCAAUGCUAUAAAGUUAGCAUCAGAGCAAAAUCGUAGCCUAUGGAGAGUAUCCUCAACGUUGUUUGCGCACAUAGCUUCGGAUGCUGUGUUAAAGCCUCUCGGACACUUUGCAGAAUCACCCCUUGCUAGCAAAUAUCCAUCCAUAUGUACGGGAGAGUUUGUUGAACAAGAGCUUUCAGUAAUUAAUCUGAAAGGAAAUAAAGGGGAAUCAUGACAAACCGGUUCGUGUCUUGUAACAAAUCAUACAUUAUCCUUUGUUCAAGGGGGUUUAAAUAAUUUAUUUGCAAGAAGGGUGAUUGACAUUAUGGCAUAUCAAAAUGUCAAAUGGUACGAUAUUCUUUUAUUCAUUCUUGCAAAUUCAAUUUAAAAUAUAAUACGCUCUUAUGAUUUUA